AUGGCUUUCCCUUCGGCGGCGGAUCUGGAUUCCUUCAAGUACUGCGAGUUACAGAGCUUAGCCAAGAACAUUGGCCUCCGAGCCAACCUCCGGGGAGACAGACUUCUGAAGUCAUUGAAAGAAUACUUUCAAGAUGAACUCAAGAAAGAAAAUGAAACUCAGCAGGAUCAAAGUGAUCAUCCUGAGUCUCACAGACAGAAGAAAUGUCAAAAGGAGAAUCUCUUAGCUGUCGAAGAGGCAACUGAGCCAUCCGAAGACAACCAGAAUAAACCAGUUUGCUCUGAAGGAAACAAAAUGGAAGGUGAUACUCUUUUAAAUAUCUCUUCAGGAGGAAAGAGGCCUCGUAGUAGGGAUGAUUCGUCCAAAUCUAAAAAAAGGAAAAUGAUAUUUACAACACCAAAUUUUAAGAAGAUUCAUGAGGCUCAUUUUAAGGAAAUGGAAUCUAUUGACAAGUAUAUUGACCGAAAAAAGAAACGUAUAGAAGUCCUUAACAACUCAGUGAAGGAACUAAAGAUGUUAGCUAAAAAAGCUAACCUGACAGGAACUUCCAAUAAUUCCAAGGUAUUAAGCCCAUUUCCUAAGAGAGGCAGGCCCUCUUCUACCUUCACACCUUGUGCCAGUCCACGACGCUCACUUCGUACAUCUCCUGGGAUUGCGAAUCGAAGUAUCUUGUGUCAGAAAUUGUUCAAGCCAUCUAUCCUUUCAACUAACAAAAUGAAUGUCAGGUUCACUGAGGCUACUCAAGAUAAUGAACAUAAACGCUCCCUGACCAAGACCCCUGCCAGAAAGUCUCCCUACAUGGGUAUGCUGGACACCCAGCCUAAAUGCCAGACUGGUCUCGGGAAGAACAAGGAAAAGGAAGCCAGCCAAGCGAAGGGUGAACACACUCCAGCAGUUACUCCAUUCAAGUUUACAGCUGAGGCAACCCAGACUCCAGUCAGUAAUAAGAAACCAAUAUUUGAUCUCAAAGCAAGUCUUUCUCGUCCUCUUAGCUAUGAGCCACACAAAGGGAGGCUAAAACCAUGGGGGGAAGCAAAAGAAAAUAUUUCUCUGAAAGAGACAGCAAAAAGAAUUGAGUUCCAUAAAAAAACUUAUAAACAGCCACAUCUCCAGACCAGAGAAGAUCAACGGAGGAAACGUGAGCAGAAAAGGAAAGAGAAGAAAGAUUGCAUACUUGGAACUCGAAGAGGCCUAGUCAUGCUUGAAGACUAACAAUCUGCCAAAUCCUGUAGAUUUUGUGAAACUUUGAUGCUUUUGUAAAUAUUUCUAUAUUUGUUUUAUCGUUGUAAAUUCCA